CAUGUGGCCCGGGGCCGGUGCCGCGACGCAUCUGGUGACGAGGGGGGUGCGGCGGGGGCUAAAAUUAGUACCGGAGCGCCACGUGCGCCUCGAACGAGCAUCAGUCCGCGCUCAACCAUCACGACGAACGCUCGCUCCGCACAUCCCAGUGUUUACUGUAAACUUACCGGGCGAACUUCAGGUUGAGACCGCUCCACCGGCGUCAGUGACAGUGUUUGCAGAGUGUAAAGGUGACCGGCGCAACGGAGACGGUGCAAGGCAUGCUGAUGGCGGGCGCUCUGCCGGCUGAGCCCGAGGGGCUGCUGGCGCUGGGCGCGCUGCCUGGUCAGAAGGACACCACCUGGACCAAACUGUUCGUCGGAGGGCUACCCUAUCACACCACCGACAAAAGCUUACGGGAACACUUCGCAGUCUAUGGGGACAUAGAAGAAGCAGUCGUCAUAACAGACAGGCAGACCAGCAAGAGCAGAGGAUAUGGAUUUGUGAUAAUGGGUGACCGAGCGGCGGCGGAAAGAGCAUGCAAAGACCCUAACCCCAUCAUCGAUGGCAGAAAAGCGAACGUCAAUUUAGCAAUCUUAGGGGCUAAACCUAGAGGAAAUCUCGCGCCUGGGUUCGGGCUAGCAGCUGCGGCUGCGGCUGGCGUGCGCGCAGGUUAUCAGACAGUGCUGCCAGCACACUAUGGGCUGUCUCCUGGAUACGUGUAUGGCGCGCCAAGCUACAUGGGCGCUAUGGGCACCGUGGGCGGGGUGAGUGCGGGGGUAGGCGCGGGUGCGGGCGGGCUGGUGCAGCUGCCACAGCUGCAACACGCCGCUGCCGUCGCUGCAGCCAACCACCUGUACGAAUAUCAAGCGGCCGCAGCUCAGGGAGCUGCUGCCUAUCAACAGCAAUACGCUGCAGCUGGAUUCGACCCUUACGCUACAGCAGCAGCAGCAGCGGCGGCGGCUGCAGGUGGAGCGAGCUACGUUUCACCCUAUUAUGCGCUCCCCGGAGCUGGAGUACAGGCUCCCCUCCUUCCUCCGCUCUCGUAUCCUCCGCAACUGCAGGAGGCGAGGAUGCAGUAAUCUGACAUCGAUCCCAACCCCGUGGCUACAUCAUCGACGAAACUUAACAGUAGAUUAUACGUUAGUUUUGAUUUGGAGUUUUAAGGCUAGUGUCGGUUUAAAACUGACUGAAUAUUUCAGUUGAGGUAUAGUUACUUAGGUAAUAGUGGAUCUAAGCGGAGACUUCGGUGGUGUACUCACGAACGGGCCGUGCAUGAGAAGCGUAGCAGUAUGACAAAGUAAUAGUGAUGUGCAAACAGCACUUAUAGGCCAAUGAAGUUAUUUUAAAGAUGAAUUGAAAGGAUUUCGUUCGUUACC